GAAGGGUAUCUGUCAAAUAUUCGCAAAAUGUAGAGAGCGUAGAGAGUUUUAUUUUAUCUGGCCAAAAUGGCUGACGCGUCGUCGCCGUUGCGUGGAAAUAAAAUACCUGAUAAUUUGUACGAAUUGUGUUUGACGAAUUUAGUGAACUAUUUGCAAAAAUGUAAAUGUGAGCGAAGUGUUCUGCGGACACUUCCAGAUAGUGUUCUCAUGGAUGUUUACUUUAAGAUGCUGCAGGAGAAGAGGUUGUGUAUCCUGGGCGCAGAGCUGUCACAGUGGGAGACCUUUGAAAGGCUGUUGCGGUUCACUGGCUCACAGCUCAGACUCCUCAGGUGCUUCCAGGCGGUUAUCGAGCAUGGCACCAAACUGUCUUCAGAGGUGACCAGCUCCUACCUGCACAUGUGCGACGAGGGCGCGCGCUCCCACGACGCCCUUAUAGAACUAGGCCUACGGAUCGGUGACUUCCUAAACGAAGCAGGAUGGUACGCAGACGCACAGAAGGUGCUGCUGCGAUGUCGGGACAUCUGCCAAGCGCAGCCGCAGACCACAUACUAUAAGCGACUAACUCUAGAAUGCUGUCAUAGGUUACUGAACACACAGUCGGCGUACUGCUGCUUCCCCGCGGCGGCAGAGACGUACUCGCUGGCGCUGCGUUUACUCGGGCUACCUGAGGACGUGCGAGACGAGCACCUGCGCGGGCCCUACGCCACCGCCCCCUCGCGGGACCAGGCCACGCAGACUGACCCCGUCGACCCGGAGGCCGCACGGCUAGACGGGUGGUCAUCAGACGCAAGCGCGUUGCCAUGCAACGCGGGUCGCACUGCGGCGUGGGGCACGGGCGCGCUGGUGGCGCGGCUGUUCAAGGAGUUCUCCGCGCUGUUCUUCGUGCGCUGCGACUACAGCGCCGCCCACGCGUGGAGCAUGCGCGCGCUGCGGCUGCUCACGCCCUACACGCCCGUCAAGAUAACGAUAGAGGUGAUCCGCGCGUGCGGCAAGGCGUGCGUGGUGAAGCGGCGGUUCGGGGACGCCGGGGUGCUGGUGCGCCGCGCCGUCUGCCUCGCGCGCGCCCACUGCGGCCCCGCGCACCCCCGCCUCGCCGCCGCGCUGCUGGACCACGGCUUCUACCUGCUCAACGUGGACUCCAUCGCACGCAGCGUGUCCGUCUACGAGGAGGCGCUAGCGAUGCUACGCAGCGUAUUCGGUCGCAGCAGUCUCCACGUGGCCACAGCUCAAGAAGACCUCGCGUACGCGCUCUACGUACUGGAAUAUUCCUCGGGACGAUUCUAUAAAGCGAGGGACCACGCGGAACGAGCUAUACGGAUCAUACAGAAUUUAGUGCCUCCUGACCACCUGCUGCUGGCGUCUGCUAAACGGGUGAAGGCGCUCAUACUGGAGGAGAUUGCGCUCGACACGCCUGCAGGACAGGAUAUGAGCGAACCAAAUCUACUGGAGGAGUCUGAGGCACUGCACAAAGCGGCGUUGUCCCUCUCCAUGAUGGCUUUCGGGGAGAACAACGUGCAGACCGCCAAGCACUACGGCAACCUCGGCCGCCUCUACCAGAGCAUGCAGAAGUUUCAGGACGCGGAGACGAUGCACCUUAAAGCGAUAGCGAUAAAGGAACAGUUACUCGGUCCCGAGGACUACGAAGUGGGGCUCAGCAUCGGGCACCUGGCGUCCCUCUACAACUACCACAUGAAUAUGCACCACGCGGCCGAACAACUGUACCUGCGUUCCAUUGCCAUCAGUCUGAAGUUGUUCGGCGAGCGGUACUCGGGCCUGGAGUACGACUACCGCGGACUCGUGCAUGUGUUCACUCAGCUCAAGCAGCAUCGACGCGCCGACCACUACACGAGUCUACUGCAGCGCUGGCAUUUGCUAAGAGAACAAUCCCGAGCGGAGCAGCAGCAGCCGGCGCUUGAAGACGAGCUGAUGAUGCCGCUUGAGGAACUCCAGCACAAGCUGUUCGCCAACGAUUGAACCCCCGACCCAUGUGCCUAGUGCGAGCUAAGAUACUAUUCCUCAACUAUCAUGGGUUUGUUUCCUUUCUAUACAUGUAAAUGAGGUUCAUCACCCUUCAUUCAAUACAGACGGUAAAAUAGUGAGUGAUCAUAGAAAAAGAUAUGGUUUUGACAUCCGUCAAUUAAUAAAUAAAAUAUAAUAUUUGUGCACGAAAAAUUGUACGAAAUAAUAGCUAUAAAUGUUGUUUCUCAUUUCUGAGCAACACAAUUGUUUUAUUUCGUAAUUAAAUCUAUUUAGUUCAUAAAAUCACAUUAUAUACAUUUGACAGUCGCAGUUGUUCUUUUAGGAAAUCCUGAUGACCCUGGUCCACCAAUUCACCUGAUUUUAAAAGUAUAUGCAGAGUCCAACUAUGACUUUAACAUAGCUUAAUAGUUUUUUUUAUAUUAAUAUUAUCCAUCCAAACCUGUAUCAUACUCCCAAUAUCUCUUGAAGAUUACUACAGAAUACUGUUUUGACAAAGUUGAAACAUAUUAAAGCGGUAAUAAUUUAGCAAUACGAGCAAAGUCUCCUGUCUGUGUAAAACCUUUCUUGAUUUCUAAUAAAUAUGUUGCUAUACAAUGUAUGGAGACAAACGCAUCAUAUCAUAGUUUUUGAAUACAUUCCAACCUCGCACUAGAUACUUUGGUGAUGACCCACUCCGCAUACCACGCUUACAGGGAGAUUCUCAACACCACCAGCAAAAGGAAUGCCUGUUUCACAGCGACUCGAUUAUCAAUAAUGCAUUUGACAGCUCUAGAAAGAAAAUAUCAUUAAUGCUGUCUAAGCUGUUAACAAAACAUCUGUUAAUUUCAUCAAUCCUCCCUGUAUCGUAUUAGUUCAUAAACGAUAUAAUAUCUAUUAUAUUAAUGAUGGACAACCAUUUGAGUUUGAUUCAAACAAAUACAAACAGAUUUUUUAUAAAAAUGAUUUUUUUAGUAACAGAUAACAAAUAGUUUCCUUUAAUUAUUGUUAUACAUACUAUGUUUUUUUUUACAUAUUGAUACUGAUUUAGUUAAUUCAUUAUAUUCUCAAAAGCUGUUAAUUUUUAACAAUAUUACUAAUGAAUUAGUAUGGUUUACAUUUUUUUAAUCCGAAUACGAUUUUAUUAUAAUAUAUAAUAUGCAAUGUACUGGUAAAUCUAUAAGAUUUUCUCAGAGAUGUGUAAAUGUAUCUAGAAUUUUCUCCCAGGCCUGUUCCGGAAAUUGAAAAGAAAACCUAGUUGCCUACUUUUAGUCAAUAAAAGUGUUGUAAUAUCGUCAAUCGGCACUAUAAAUAAGAGGCUUUCCUACUAAUCUAGUCUUUACUCUAAUAAGAUAUCGGUCGUUCCCGAUAACCUAUCCCAGGCAAGAGUUAAGCUAACUAAAGUUACUAUGCUAAAUAAAACACGUUUUUAACGGGUUAGAUGUACUGAAUUUAUUUAUUGACGUUUCGCAUCCUUUGCAGGAAUGCGUCGUCAGAACAUAGAUUUUUUUGGAAAAAGAAAAAAUAACGUGUUUUAUUUAAUUAGUGAAGUGCGUGAAAACCUAAGAAACAAAUACUAUGCUAAUGAAUUUUUUUUUAAUUUUUUGAAAAUAAUAUCUAUGGAAAAAUAACUAAAUUAGAUUUUUUUUUUUCACACUUGAGGAUAAUAUAUUGAGAAUGGCUGUAUGUAUGUUGACUGACACAAGCCAUCUCUAAUUCUAGAUUUCCGCAAAUUUAUUUAUUAGGAGCAAAGCCACUUGUAUGCAUACAGGCAGAUCUCGUCUUGUUCAUUUUCGGAAUAGGCAUAUAACAUAGGUUUUAUUUAAAGUGCCUAGCGAAUAUACAUUGUCCAGUUGUACCGGAAGCACAAAACGAAAUGUAACCUCGCUCACGACUGCUCUAUGUGUCUAUAGUAUGUAGUCGUUGGAUGUAAAUUAAUAUUUGCUUCGGGCGAAUCACGCUAGAGUGCCUGUAUAUAACGAUGUAUGUUUUGAUUGUCGAUAUUAUAUAUUUGAUUUGGUUGAUCAAUUGUCACCUAAUAAACAAACCUCGCAACUAAACAUUUUAAUUAAAAAUUAUCACUCGUUUAGAGCAUUCUUUACCAAAGCUAUAUUAAUAUCUGCCUUAGGAAUUCAACAUUUUAUUUUAUCAGUUUUAUAUAUUGUUAUCCUUUAAAAAUGGUUACAACAUGUUGCGGAGUUCGUUUUUCAAGUGACGUCAUGUUCCUCGUGCGUUAUGUGUAUAUAAUGGUAUCGAUUCUGCCAUGAUUCUCUAAAUCUAAACUUAAAUUUGACAAGUGUAUCCUUGUCAUUCUCUAUACAGAAUGAAAAGGAGAGACUGAUGUAAAAUUUAGUUCUAAGUUUAGAGAAUCACGCCAGAAUCGACACCAUUGUUAUAUUUUAUAGUGAUUUGUUUAUAGCUAAGGCGUUUAUUUUAGGAGUAGAGAAAUUUUACGUAAUGACGUGCAAUGGAUCGAGACAAGUUUGUGUAAAUAUUGAAGCUAAACUGAUCUUUUUGCCAAUGUUGCCAGUGAUUGUUUUCGUUUAUAAAAAAAAAUAUAUGCGAUUCAUAAUAGUUUAUAUAUGCGUUCGAUUAUGGCUGUCGACAUCUGUACCUUCAGCACAAACCAAUAUCGAAUUUCAUCUCGAUACGAGUCAAAUGUUAAGACGUUUUGUAUGGAAGUUUUUUUUUUUAUUGAUAGGUCCGACAAAUGACUCCACCCCACCUGAUGUUAAGUGAAGGUGAAGUCCAGACGUGAAGAUAGCUGAUACAGCAGUUUUACCUGCCACACCAGCCAUCCUCACCCUGCCGGCCUGCAUGUUGCUUCUUCACGCCUCUUUUAAAGGAUCCCAGGUUGUAAGAGGGAGGGAACGCGUGAGCGGGCAGAGCAUUCCAUUUACGGAUAGUGCGACAAAGAAAUGAGUCACCAAAUUUCUUUGUACGCGUUGGAAUUGUGGCCACAGUUAGACGGUGACAACGUAGGCCAGCGCGCGUGGUCCUCUGAAGGAAAGGGGAAGGUGGGAUAAGAGAGAAUAACUCCUCAGAACACUCGCCGUGGUACAGACGAUAGAACGCGCUUAGUGACGCCACGUCGCGUAAUUGAAGAGGCUCAAGGUUUACAUCCGUUGUGGCGCUGUUCAAAUUUCCAUACAAAACUACUUGACAUUUGACGCGUAUCAAGAUAGAAUUCAACUAUUCUAGCUCGAUAUUGUAUCGUGCCGAGGGCACUUUUAGCUAGUAACUAUAACGCAAAUCGUAUGUCUGAUACUUCCACAAUGAUAUUUGCGAUUCAUACGUGGACCGGGGGUCUUGAUUUAUUGCCUUUUGUAACCGAUACGAGUUACGUAUCCUAUAUACUCAAUAAUUUUGUAAUCAUGCUUCGUAGACUAACCGGAUCGCCUGAACCUUGUAGAGAACAUAUCGAAUUAUAAUUUGUUCGCUGAGAGUAUUUUCUUUAGAUAAAUGUAAUGAAGAUAGUAUUAUAUAUUGAUAUGGCGAGACCAUUAACAUACCUCAUGGAGGGCUCCUGCGGUGAGACGGAUUGUAGCGUGUAUCGCGCGGGUUGAUACAGAAUGGGGUACUUAAUUCCAUUAUAUGUAAUUGAAUUUCGGGGUAAUUUGUAGGGGGGGUGGAGGGGGGGCUCCCCCCGACCCCCCCGCCAUAAAAGAUUUUUGGCGGAAAUGCAGUUUUUUUUUUUUUACCUAACCUAAAAAUUCAUUAAAUCUGUUAAAUGUAGUGGAAUUUCAGGGGGAUAGGUAUUAGGGAAGACCCCUCAGAGGGAAGGGUAAAUCCCCCUCCCCCCUCCCGGCGUUUUUUUACAGAAAUGAUAAUUAUAAAAAAUUAGAGGGGUUUUAAAGGUAAAACUGUACUUCCAGGGCCUAGAGAUGAUAUUUGAUUUUUUUGUAGAAAAAGUCUCUAUUAACGAAUUUUUCUUUCUGGCGCUUCGCCGGCCGCUGCCGCGGCACGCUCGCUUCGCUCGCUCGGCUCGCGCGUUAAGGUCACAACACUAACCUAACCUAACCUAGUGUGAAGUAUCACCACACAAGCGGCUCAUUAGAGUCCAAAGCUCGCACUACACUCGACUCUUCAGGCGAAGGGCCAGCAGAACUCGAGGUCGAACGCUUUGAGGAUGCCAUGGUAGUCAGACGACGUUAAUAUCAACAGGAGUACGAAAAAGCUCUCAACUGCGACGAACACAAACACUGACUGACAGAUCUCAUUAAUGGCGGUAAAUUGUCACAUUUUGACAAUAGUACCAACAUAAUAAACUUAUAUUUACCAUAGACAACGAGAAACAUGUUAUUUUUGCAUAAAAAAAUGGCAGCACUGAUCAAAAUUGCUGUCAAAAUUGACUCAUAACCUACAAAAAUAUUAAUUUUCAAUAAAUUUUUUUUCGAGUUCUAUUCGUUUCCGCCUAAAAAGAUUUCGUGUACGUGUUUUUAAUAGUU